AUGGAUUCUAAAUUUAUUGAAGAAUUUGAUUACUUGGACAAAGAUUAGAAAAAUUAAAUGUUAGUUAAUCUGAAAUCUUAUAUUAAUCAAUUGCAAUCUUAAGUUCAAGAAUUGGAGAGAAGUGCAAUUGAUAUAAUUAUAGAAAAAGAUGAAAAGAUUUUAUUGUUAGAGACUCUUCUCAAUUAAUUAUCACCAUCCAAAAAUUAUAAUAAAGAUGAAGAAAUACUUUAAUUGAAAGCGUAUCAUAAAUUAUUUUAAAAUAGCCAUAUAACAGAACUUUACUAAAAGCUUGAUGUUGAUUAAGCUUAACAUUAUGAAGAAUUAUAAGAAAUUGAUAGAAAAUGGAAUACAUAUUUAUUAGAAUAGAUUUAAUUAAGUAGUCAAGAUGGUUAAUAAUAAAAAAUUGAAAUGUUAGAGUCAUUACUUAAUCUAGAAAAGAAGAAUUAGAAGUAUGAUCAAGAAGUAUAUUUUAAGGUAAAUUCUAGCUGAAAAUCAAAGAGAAUCAAAUAAUGAUAGAUAAGAAUACUAUAAGUUCAUUAACAAAUAAAAUUCAAUUAUUAUAGGAUGAAUCUUAAGAACUAAACUAACAGUUAAUCAAAAUUCAAAGAGAAAAGGAUUAAUAGCGUGAUCAUUUUUAAUCAGAUAAAAAUGCACUAGAAAUUAAAAUUAAUGUAUAAUUAUCUAUCUUAUCAAAGAAAUUAAAUAUAUUGUAAAAUCAAAAGGAAAAAUAAGUCUAAAAUCUAAAGACAUAGAAUGCAAAAUUAAUUUAAACUAACAAAGAAUUAUUAAAUUAGAUAAAUGAAUUAAGAGAAUAAAUUGAAAGAUAGAUAGAAAUUAAAGAUUAAAUACAUUCAGAUAAUUAUCUUUUAUAAUAAACAGCUCAUACAAUCGAUUAGAUAUAAAGAGAAGAAGUCAAUAUCACAGCAUUUGAAAUAUUAGAGGAAAGUUAUGAGGAAAAGGAUUAUAUGAAUAAUUUAAGAUAAAUUUUAGAUGAAAAAUCAGAAUAGAUUGUUUAAUAUGAAGAAUGUAUUAGAUAAUCUACAAAAUAGAUAAAAGAAUAAAGAGCAUAAUUACAAUUAUUAUAAUAUUAACUCAAAUAAAUUAGAUAAUAAUAAUUCAAUCAAAAAAAUCUUAAAGAAUAUAUAUAAACUUUAGAAAGUGAUUUCUUAGUUUCUAAAUAAUUAUUAGCUGAAAAAGCAGAUCGUUAUUAAGAAUAAGUAAUAUUAUUGACUUAAGAGAAUUACAAUCUAAAACAAAAGGUUAAAUGUUUUUAAUCCAAGUUUCAUAAGAAAUUUAAUCGAAAUGUCGAUUGA